GAAAGAUAUAUCUUCAUUCAAAUCUUGCUUUUGGGAAAUAAACGGACAGCCAACGACCUCCGGUACUGGAAUCGUCAGUGUGGUACCUCAUCGACUGAUCUUCCGGUUCGUACAGUAAUUUAUCCUUCAUAUUACCAAUAUAUACCAUCGAAUAAUUCCAGGAUUCUCUUAGUAUCUUAUACUUGGAAAAAGAAUGCGACAAAAUACGGUCUAUACAGCGAGAAAGAAAUGUUUGAGCUUGCAUUAAAAGACAUUCCGAAUGAUAAAACCGCUGGCGGAGGGGCCUUUGCAGAAUUUGGACCCACUCAAUUUGGAGAAUUGAUAGAAUCUAUGAUGAGAUAG